AUGUUCAAGGGCAUAUUAGUCGAGUGGACGUUAGUUAAGAAAAGAAAAGAGAAGCCAAUAAGUGCCAUUGUCAUGUGUAUGAAAGUAGAGUGCACUACUUGUCACAAGGUCACGUGGAAAGGAUGCGGUAUGCACAUUGAUGCUGCUCUCAUUGGUGUGAAGGAGGAAGACCGUUGCCUUAAUUGGAAGACCGGCAAGCACUAA